AUAUAUAUAUACUCACGCUGCCACCGGUUUCAGUCUGUCGUCCAGGAGCCUCUCUGGUCACUUUCACCGUCCUUCAACCAUCUGAGUAUUGAUCUGAUCAUGGCUGUGACCAACCAACCAGGCAGCUAUGCACCCUCGGACUUCCAGACAGGCCUGUUUGAUGUCUGCAAGGACUGUGGAACUUGCUGCUAUGGUGUGCUCUGCUACUGGUGCAUCGGCUGGAGCAUCGCCAGCAACAUGAACGAGUUCUUCCUGUGUGGUCAUAGUACGGCGAUCCGCAGCGUCUACAGGACCAAAUACAACAUCAGAGGGUCAGUGUGUAAUGACUUUAUGCUGGACGUCUGCUGUCCAUGCUGUACCAUCUACCAACUGAAGACAGAUAUCGACCGCAGGAAGGAGCAAGGCAUUUUCUGAACAGCUACAAUCCUCUGAGGGAAAUGACGUUCAUCUCUUCCAGUCUUUUAAACAUUAGUCAGCUGCCCGGGACACAACCUGGGAGUAGAAAACAGCGUCAUGAUUUAUGGUUACAGUUAUAAAA